AUGGAUAGCAACAAAGACGAGGCCGUGAUAUGCAUCAACAUUGUCAAGGAGGCAAUCGCCGUCGACAACAAGCAAAAAGCACUCAAAUUCCUCGGAAUCACACGCCGUCUUAAUCAGAACCUACCUAUUGAUGAUCUUCUAUCUACGUGCGAGAAUCUAGACCCAUCGUCUUCCUCCUCUAAUCCGUCCAAUGGCGUGAAGAAAAAUGUUCCGGACGAGAAGGAUGAGGAAGCUUCCGUCAAUAGAGACAGGUUUUUGAAUGGCGAGAGAAGCUACACGGAGGAGCACGUGCACAUGGCCUGGAAAAGAAUUGCACCGUGGAUGAAAUCCGGAAGGCAUACAUAA